AUGGCAGUUUCUGAGAGAUUCACGGUGAAUGGGUCGGCAUUGGCAAGCCAAGUAGCAUCGAACAAUGAUGGCGGCGAGCAACGAGCUGGAUCGGCAGUGAGAGCUGUUCGAGAAAAAGGUCCUCUCGCCAGCCGAGACGGAAGUGCACAGAAAGCAGCUCAAGAUGUAGAGGGCCUGAAAGACUACCAGCUGGGCGAUUGUCUGGGUAAAGGUGCUUUCGGAAGUGUAUACCGGGCACUCAAUUGGGGCACUGGCGAAACAGUCGCAAUAAAGCAAGUCAGACUCGCGGACCUGCCUAAAAGCGAGCUCAAACAUCCUAAUAUCGUGAAGUACAACGGUUUUGUCAAGGCCACUGACUCAUUGUACAUCAUUCUAGAAUAUUGCGAAAACGGUUCACUCCACACAAUUUGCAAGAACUUUGGGAAGUUUCCAGAAAAUCUGGUCGCUCUGUACAUGUCUCAGGUGCUACACGGCCUCAUGUACCUUCACGACCAGGGUGUCAUUCAUCGUGAUAUCAAAGGUGCAAACAUCCUGACUACAAAAGAAGGGCUUGUGAAACUAGCAGACUUCGGUGUCGCCACCAAGGCUGCCGGUCUCGAUGAGUCGAACGUUGUGGGUACUCCGUACUGGAUGGCUCCCGAGGUCAUUGAGUUAACGGGUGCAACUACUGCUUCUGAUAUAUGGAGCCUGGGUAGUACAGUCAUCGAAUUGCUUGAUGGGAGACCACCAUAUCAUAAGCUGCAACCAAUGCAAGCGCUGUUUCGUAUUGUGAACGACGAACACCCACCGCUUCCGGCUUCGGCGUCACCGGUUGUCCGAGACUUCUUGAUGCAAUGCUUUCAGAAGAACCCAAAUUUGCGCAUUUCUGCUAAGAGACUGCUCCGACACCCGUGGAUCUCGAGUGCAAAGCGUGCAGAUGCAGUGGUGCCAUCAAAACCCACCAAAUAUGACGAAGCAGUGAAGAGUGUCCAGGAAUGGAACGAGGCCCUGAAAGCGCCCGGUACAGACACGUUGCGGCGCUCAACGCGUGUUGUCUCUUCGUCUCUUGGCGCCGUUGACAAGGAUCCUGUUCCGGCUUCGACAGUGAAGUCCAUCUCAGCUAACAUCAACACACAAAGACCACAACUCAGCAUCUCUAAAACCCGACCUGUUGCAGAUGAUUUUCGCUCUCCAGAAGUCCUUAGUGAUAAUUGGGAUUCUGAUUUCGUCUCUGUUCCGACAAAGGUACUUCACCUUCCGAGAAUGAAACCACAAGACAAUUUUGGCGGCCAAUUGUCUAGCGCAAGGCUCAAAUCUUUCGCGACUUUUGACUCAACCAUUGAGGAUAUAACUUUCGAUGAUUUUCCUGAUUCAGAUCUCACCCUCAAAGCUUUUUCGAGGGAACCUUCCCAAGGUAAGGUGAAGACUGGCAGUCCUGCUGCUUCACAUGCCUCAGUACAACCAACCGCAAAGGUACCGCGAGCUCAAGCAAGAAGGAAAUCGUCUGUAACCGAACCUGUCACAUCCAUCUGGAGAGGUGGUCUCCCAGUUCCUAAGACUCGUAAAGCGCGGCCUGCAAAAGACAGUACCGUUGAGGAUUACUCGGAUCUCCUCGAAGUCGGCGAAGAAGAGGAUUUUGAUAACAAGGCAGGGGCAAUGCAGUUUCGCAUCACCAAUCCUUUGGCCCCCAAGCUCUUUGACCCAUCUGAUCUGACUCCGACAUCUCGCAAGCCGCAGCUGAAAACGCUGCCCUCCCGCAACUCUUCAGCUACCUCUCUAUCCGAUCUUCCUCUCCAGCGCUCACAGUCUGACAUCACUGAGAUUCAGAAAUAUGUCGAGAACGAAGGUGACGACUUCUCUGACUUUGACAACGACUCCGAGAUGAGUGCCCUCGCGCUCAACUCGAAGAUGUCUGCGUCCUUUGCUGAAGAAGAUGAACUAGAUCCUUUCGCCGCCGUCGAAGACAGCGUCGCCCCGACGAACCUCUCCGAUGAUGUCGCCCAUGCCAAGGCAGCUCGUAUGCAGAAACAAACCGAGGAACUCGUUGGUCGUCUCAAAACGAAUCAGCCCUUCGAGGUUAUCAAAAACAUCACGGAUCAGCUGCUUGCACAAUGGGGUCAAUCUAAUGACGACGAGCGAAAAGAUUUCAAGAGAGUCAUUCUCAAAUCCCACGGCAUCCUGCCUAUACUCGACAUACUGAAGGAGGAACCUGCUCCCCCUCGAGACAUAUCCGUUCCGUUGCUGAAGCUUCUCAAUUUGGUUCUUCUUGAUAAUAAUGAGGCUUUAGAGAGUACUGCAUUCUUGGGGGGUAUACCCGCUGUCACUGAAUACAGCCAUAAGCGAUACUCGACUGAAGAGCGCCAAGAAGCAGCCGCCUUUGUCCGCCAAAUGUGCAAGAGCUCUUACACUACAUUGCAAUUUUUCGUUGCUUGUGGUGGUAUAGACACCUUGGUUGCAUUUUUGGAGGAAGAUCUCAGCACUGAUCGUGACAUCGUCCUGAUUGGUGUUACCGGCGUAUGGAGCGUUUUCUUCAAUCAACAUGGACCUACUCCUCGAAACGACUAUUGUCGUAUCCUGUCGCAGCAAGGCGUCUUGCAUCCCUUGUCACUAAUCCUAACUCGCUUGCUGUCAGAUGAAGACAGUGUAUCGAAAAUGAUGGUCAAGCGUCUUGUCAGCAUUUUCUUGAUCUUUUCUCAGGCUGAAAGCUACGUCAAAGAGAUUGUCUGUGACCGACUUGUAAUGAAUCGCGUCCUCAGGGCUUUGGGCCACAUGUCCGGCGAGAAUCUCAUCACCAUGCUAAAGUUUGUCAAGAAUUUAUCAAUGCUCGACGCCACACACGACGCACUGGAAAGUUCAAACGUGAUAGACACGCUGACCGAUCUGUUGCGAGUCAGCAAGCCAAAGUCUUACCACCGCGAGGUCGCCAACCAGGUGGUCAACACCGUGUUCAACGUUUGCCGUCUGAACAGAAGUCGGCAGGAAGAAGCAGCACUCAACGGUAUCAUACCCCUGUUGAAAGAGGCUAUCGUUACCCAAUGGCCGCUCAAGGAAUUCGCGCUUCCUAUAUUGUGCGACAUGGCGCACGCUGGAAAAGUGUGUCGCGCGAAAUUGUGGGAACAAGAUGGACUACAGUUUUACAUCUCCCUGUUGUCCGACACAAAUUGGCAGGUUCCUGCUCUUGACGCCAUACAUGUUUGGCUUCAAGAAGAGACCGCACGUGUAGAGCAGAAUCUUCUUGGUGGAACAUUCACCGCUGCCAUAAGCGAAUGCUUCGGCCGUCCUGAGAUACAUUCUGAUGCUUUUGAGGGAUUACUCGAGCCUCUUCAGAAGAUUCUCUUCCUUUCCCCUCCUCUCGCAUCUACUUUUGCUGCGCGGGACUUCUUCCAGAAAACCAUACAAAAGUGCACUACCAAGCGUGCUGUCACGAAGCUCGGGUUGCUUCGUGUCCUCACCUAUAUCUGUGAGAGCACUGAAGGCUCCAUCAUUCGCCGAUAUGGCAUUGAAGAUAGUCUGCGCGACUUAAUUGAGACAGAUGAUAGUGUGCUAGUCCAGAAUCUAGCGAACGGCUUGUUGAAGUUGGCUUACGAGCGACCAUCUUCAUCGGGGUCAUCAUCCACACCGAUGCGAAUGCGCCAGACUUCCAUGGGCCGCAAAGGUUUUCCAAGCUUCACCCCACCUACACAGUCAUCAACCUACCGCAGCCGGCCUGUGCCACGCAGACCCGUCAUUUUGAGCCAAGCUCUUCCCAGUCCUACAACUAGAACUGCUGGAGGAACUCCACCUCCACUCACGCGCAGUCAAACGACUCCUACCGUGCCUGAAUCGAAAUUGCCACGUCGUGAGAGCACGUCCUAUCACUCGUCAGCAACCCCUACCUCGACAUCCGCCUCAUACUCGACCCCUCCGGCUCCCGAGCCCCGCAAACCUUCAAAUUCGUCGACGCCUACCUAUCGCUCUGGUAGUCGCGACAACUCCGCUGGUAGCGUUAACAGCGUCAUAUCGAACCUGUCGUCUACGUCAUUAAGCAGCACCGCAUCAUCAUCAUCCAACACGCCACGUGGUCCGGGCGCCCGGGAAGGAUCUCGCAUUUCUGCGCCGCCAAAACGAUCAGGCCGAUUCUCACUUGCGUUCUCAGGCAGUAGCAAAACCCGUGACGACGAGAACGUUACGCCACCAGAGCGUCUCCCAAGACCUGUAUCACAGAGUGGUACGGGUGUAGUCAGCGCGCCACCACACAAGCUGCAUAUUAGAAGGAGAAGAGAGACGAGCUCUGGUGUGGUGGGUGAAGGCAGUGUGGACCGCUUGAAGAGACACGAGAAUGCGUCAUAGAUGAUCUACAGACACGGGUUCCGGCGUCUCUCUGCUAGGGCAUCGAAUUGGUCACUGCAUAUCGGAAAGGCGUACGUGUGGUGA